CAAACUCGCCGGCGACCGACCGGAUCUCCGGCUACCACCACAACACCACCAUCUUCCCCCUCUCUAUACUAUCUCUCUCUCUCCAAAACUAAAAAAAAAAAAGAAGCAGCAGCGCCGCAGUCCCUAUCGACAACAACAGCGACGGCGCUGCCGCCGUUCCUGCUCUCGUCCUCCACACUAAUCCUCCGUCACCGCCUAGAUCUGCCGCCGCCGUCACCGACAAAACCCCCAUCGCCGCCGGAGAAGAAAGCAGAACCAGCUGCUGCUCCGCCGCUAGCAGUUGCUGCUCCGGCUGCGGCGCGUCGACCAUUGGCUCCAGCCGCAGCUCACCCAACCGGCGAAACAGCUCCAGGCACCACCGGCGAAUCAAUGCCGCCAUCGGAGAAUAGGCGCUGCCACCGUUCUCUCCAUCACCGGAGCUCACCAGAGCUCGAUCUGCGUUGGUUUUUG